CCAAUGUGAUACGUGAUAUCUUUUUGUAUUAACGAUGCGGUUUUUGUUUGCGUUUUUUUCUUAAAAAUUUUUGAAGAAAUCGGUACGCCAAUGAUAUUCAGGACCACAGGUGCGUCAUUAUUAGUGAUUUUCUUCAUUCAUUAGCAUGCAAACUUCUGUUGUUUUCCUCGUGACGGGAAUGUGGUUCUGAAAUAUUUAUUUCAGAGACAAUAGAUUCGGAUGUAAAUUGCGGUAGUAGUACUUCGCGCACAUCGAACAAAUAAUAUAAAAGGACGAGACUAGUUUUAAUUAGAAGGACUACUUAUUUCGCUUUAACAAUUAACUGAACUGAUCCGACAUGAAGAUGUACGCUGUAUUAGCUAUUUUACAAAUUUUCGUGGUUUGUGCCUUUUCGACGACAGUAUUACCCUCCUACAUAAAACCAUGUUCACGAAGCGACCCAAAUUUCGAUAAAUGUUGUUUGGAACACGGCAUAAAAGCUCUGCCCUACAUUUUUAAGGGCGACCGAAAGAUGGGCAUUCCAAAUAUGUUACCUUUGGUUAUUCCUCAAAUCGACGUCAAGGCAGGAAAUAACUUGAAGAUAUAUUUAAAGCAUGUGCACGUUUUUGGUUUGGACACAACCAUAUUGAAGGAUGUUAAAAUAGAUAUAGAUCAUUCAACAAUUAAAUUGGACGUUGACAUUCCAAUGCUUGAUUUGAGAGGUAAAUACGAAAUUGAAGGACAUAUUAUGGUACUUCCCAUCCGAGGCAAGGGGGAUAUGAACAUCACGGCACUUGGUGGACAAUAUUCCUACAAUUUAGAAUACGGCAUCGAAAAUAUUAACGGUUUGGAUUACCUGCAACUGACAGACAAAGACAAACUCGACUUUAAACUGGAAGGCGUCAAGUUCAACUUGGACAAUCUUUUUGACGGAGACAAAAUUAUGGGUGACCAAAUGAACUUGUUCCUGAACGAAAAUUGGAGAGAUGUUUUGGAUGAGUUUGGCUUAACCAUCAGUGAAACCGUUCGAUCUGUAGGAAAAUCUAUAGCUUCUGCAUACUUCAAGAAAGUUCCCUAUCAUACGCUAAUUUUAGAUUAAAAAUUGAAUUAUUGAUUGUUACCAUGUGUAGAUAUUAUUUUAAUUAUUAAACGUUGGA